GAGAAUGCAGCUUUAAGACAUGAAGCUUUGACCUCACUUUUCAGAACCAGAUGUUGCCGCCUGCUCUGGACCCUAACAUGAUGAGUACAAUGUAGAUUCCUGCAUCCUGUAUGUUCUCCUGUUUAGAAAUGCUUCCUCAUCCAUCCCAUGUCACCCCUCUAUGUCAUGUUUCCUACUGUGCACCAACAGACCUAACAAACCCAAAACCUGCUGUUUUCUUUUUGUCUCUGUUCUGUCUUCAUUUCACCGUUUCCUCCCAAAGCCAGCGACGCUCGUCUGGGUAAAAAAACGAGCUUUGUGCAAAAAGAAAAAAGAAAAGGGGCAGAUCGAUGUUCCCUAAGGUUUUACUGCAGUGGUGCGCAGCCGUCUCGAGCUGUGCAGCUGAAAUAGAGAGAAGGCGACACGACAAAUUCCAGCCCUUCAGACGACUCUUUGGGAGGAAGAAGAAGAGGGAGGCGAAGGGGGGCCUUGAUGGAGCAGAGCUUAAGGCCAGUUUUUCUACUGGGGAAGUGUGCAAUGGAGUUGUAUCUGAUGAUGAGGAGUCCAAUCAACAUCUGAGGGAGUUGAAUCCCAUCGGUUCUCGAGCCCUCUCGCACGACAGCAUCUUCAUCCCAGAGGAGCCGGCGGCCGAGCCCGGGCCGGAUCACACCAUGUCCCAGGAAAACGUCUCGGAUAAAGUGAGGGAUCUGCAGCGGCAGAUAGCACAAGGGAUCAAGUUUGGACAGAGGCCUCCUUCUCUGAGGAAAAGUGAGGGAGAUGAGGGAAGUUCAGAUGAGGAAGAGGUUCCCCAGAGUCCCCUGAAGGUUCUGGUUCAGGUAGAAGCUGAACCAGAGACAACAGAGCCAAAGGUUCAGGGCGCUCAACAAGCCGGACCACACAGCACUCCAGUGAGGUCGCCGAGGUCCAGACAAGUUCUUCCGCCCGCUGGUACCAUCGAGUCCAUCAAUCUGGACUCCGUCCCGCAGUCGGCCCCUCGCUUAGACAACGCCGCUGCCAGGCAUAAACUGUCUGUCAAGCCGAAAAACCAGAGGGUUUCCCGGAAACACCGGUGCUUCACACAGGACCUCCAAGAGGUUUCGAUUCCCGGCGUGCUGCGAGAGGACCUCGAGGCUGCAGGCGUCUCGACGGACGGCCAGCGCAGAGCAUCCGUCGAGUCCCUCGGAAGCUUCAAGAAACAGAGACUCCACGAGGAGGAGAGACAGGAGACGAGGAGGAAGAGGGAGCUGGAGGAACAGAGGCUCAAACGAGAGGAGGAGGAGAGGAGGAGGAGAGCGGCGGAAGAGCUGAGGCUGCGUGAGCUAGAGGAGGAGAGGUGUCGUAAACAGCAGGAGGAGGAAGAGCGAAGGCUCAGAGAGGAGGCGGAGAGGAUGAGGAGGAGGGAGGAAGAGGAGAGAAGGAUCAGAGAGGAAGAGGAAAGGAGGAGGCGGAGGGAGGAGGAGGAAAGGAGGAUGCAGGAGGAGCGGGAGCAGGAGGAGAGGAGACGACUGGAAGAGCAAAGGAGGAAACAAAAGGAGGAGGAGGAGGAAGCGAGGAGGCAGCGGGAGCUUGAUGCCGAGAGGAAGAGGAAGCUAAGAGAGGAAGAAGAGGAAAGAAAGAAAGAGGAGGAGGCGCAGAAGCUGAGGUUGCGGGAGAUUGAAGAAAAGAAAACCGCAGAGGAGAGGACGAGGAAGGAGCAGGAGGAGCAGCGCUGGAGGGAGAUGGAGGAGAGACAGAGGCCUUUCUCUUUCAAAGUCUCCUCCGGAGAAAAACAGAUUUUGUUCCAGAAGGUCCACCUGACGCCCGUGACGCCGGCGUCCAGCCACCAGAGCGGAAGUGCGUCCGAGCAAAGAGAGAGCGCCAAGGCCUCCUCCUCUGAAGGACCGGAGUCCCCCAACCUGCCGACGUCUCCGUACGUCCCCCACACCGCCAUCUUAGUGACGGGCGCCCAGCUCUGCGGGACGGCUGUCAAUCUGGACCAGAUCAAGGACACCGCCUGCAUGUCCCUGCUGGGUUUGGGGGAUGACAGGAAGGCGCAGGGAACGCCGCCGCCGACCAAGAGCAAGACUUCGCCGGACCGCAAGUCUGGCAAAACCAAAUCGCUCAACGAGUCCUCGCUCUCCACGGACCAGUCCGUCCUGGCCGAAUGGGCGAGCAUCAGGUCGAAGAUAUUCAAGGGGGUGGAGGAGGGGAAAUACGACCCAGAACCGAGCAAGAACCAGCCCAGCGGCGAAGACACGCAGGCGUUCUCCCACGCGAACCUCAGGAAGACCAUGUCUGCCAGCGCCAAGUUCUCCAUCACCCCUGCGAAGAAGAAGUUUGGAGAUUCAAACAGGAACUCCGAGGUGUUCGGCGCCGACGAGAAGGACGCAGGAGAGGAAGCUGCUCCGCCUGACAGCCCCGCCGCCGCCACCUCACCAGCUCCAACCAGCAAACCUCAGAACAGGACGAGUAAAACCGUCCGCAUCGCAGAGAGAGGCUCAGACGAGUGCAUGUUCGCCAAAGACCUCCCGUCUUUCCUGGUUCCCAGCCCUGGAGCCAAAUCCGAGGCCUCGGAGUCGGAGACGGAGGCGUCUGAAGGUAAAGAGGAGGCAGAGUACCGAGGCCCGGACGGUGAGGACAAGCCCUCGCCGUUCGGCAUAAAGCUGAGGAGGACCAACUUCUCGCUCCGCUUUCACAGCGAACAGUCCACUGAGAAAAGGAAGAAGCGAUACAGCGCCGGGGACAGCUUCGACGGCGUCCCCUCGCCUCUCACCCCCAUCGAGCCGGACUCCGACACUUCCUCCGUCUUCUCCGACAAAUCCACAAGUCCCACAUCGCCUCAGAGAGAAGGCGCGGCGGGCAAGUACUUACACGCAUCCGCCUCCCCUGCCGCCCCUCGGGCUAAACCGGGUAAAUCCACCAGCCCGGCCGCACGCGGUGAAGGCGAGAAGGUGCUCUCCAAGCCUCCGAUCUACCGGAGACCGACCACGUCACCGAAACCUGCUGGAGCGGCCCCCACGCCUCCACCGUCGCCGCUGCCCAAAGUGGUCCACGGGCCCCCUAACGAGGCCGUGAUCCAGAGGACGGGGGCCGCCGAGGAGCAGGCGAGCAGAAGCGAGGAACCGUCGGCGGUCGCUCAGUUGCACCGGAGCGGCCAAGGCCAGGUCCAAGGGGAGGAGGAGCCGAAGGAGAAGAGAUCCUUCUUCCCCUCCAUUAACAUCCCCUGGAGAGAGAAGACGGACAGGAAGACGGAGCUCAUGAAGAAAGAAAAGCCAUCACUCCAGAGCAGGCACUCGCUGGACAGUUCGAAGGUCCAGGAGAAGGAGGCCGGGCCCUUGUGGAUCACGCUGGCUCUGCAGAAGCAGAAGGGCUUCAGGGACCAGCAGCAGAACCGAGACGACCGUCGGAGCCACAGAGACAACAAACACUCCCGAGAGAGAGACAGUGUGGCGCUGCUGAGCCCCACGGAGAGCAGAGGGAGCGGGAGCACCAGCCCGUCCUCCAAACCGCAGACGCCAGAGGAGCCCAAGAGACCCGACAGCCUCCUGGGACGAUUCGAGCGCAGAGAACAUCUGAAAAAAGCCAACACUUUACCCAGCUCCAUCACCGUCGAGAUCGCAGACUCCACACCGUCGCCACCUGCCGUCAAGGAGGUGUCGAAGCGCUUCCCCUCCAGCGACUCGCCGCAGGUGUCCACGGAGCCGGCGUGGCUGGCGCUGGCCAAGCGAAAGGCCAAAGCCUGGAGCGACUGUCCUCAGAUCAUCAAAUAACACCCCCACCUCGGCUGCACACCGGCCUGCGUUGAGACUGCACACUGCCCACUGGACUCUGAGGCACCUGGAGAGUCAUCAUCACACUCACCAUGAAAACCCUCCUGACUGUGAAACAAGUAAAGCCCCCCAUCAUCUUCACCAUCGUCGUCCUCGUGACCCCACACACACUGGCUGGUACUAUUAUCAUGUUAACGUGCGCUUCACAUUCAAAUAUUCCAACACAAUCGCACAGAUGUAUGUAAACAAUUGUUGCGCGCAUGCACAUACUGUAUACAAACACACAAAGAAUAAUGUCCCACAUGUCGCAGUCUGGGAAGAGGAGGGGGGGGGCAGCCAAUCAGAGCCAAUCAGAACCACAGCUGGCCAUUGCAAUAGCCAACCCCAAUUCUUUGUUUUUUUAUUUUGUAGCCAACUGUGUCACCAUGGUUGUAUAUAAAUCACUCGCUCCACACAGUAACAGGUGAAGCAGUUCUUCAGUCGAGGUGAAGCUCUGACAUGCGACGGUGUUUAAUCAACAGAGGGUAACUGAUCGUGUUUUAAGGGCUACCAGUAACAAGAACUCAUCGUGACCCUGCUGCAUCUGCUGAUGGAAGUGUUACAGGUAUUAUUUAUGUAAAGCAGUGGAUUUUUCUAUGUUUGAAACCAUGGAUGGAUUACUGAACCACAGGCCCAGGGGCCCAACGUGUCAGGGGGCCCCCCCUGGUCUUCACUUACUAAUCGUCAAUUAUGGAGACACGUACCAAGCAGGAAGAGACUCAAAACAACUACAAAGAAACAUGAAACAACUACAAAGACACCAAAUCAACCACGAAGAGACACAAAAACUACAAGGAGACUCAAACUGACUACAAAUAGAAAUAAAACAACCACAAAUAGACACAAAAAUGUAAAAGAAUGGAAAAACAGCUUCAAAGAGAACACAGAGACUCUCAAAAGACUAUCAAAGGGACAAAGCAGCCACAAAGAGACACAAAGCAUCUACACAGACUCAAAAUGACUACAAAGAGAAACUUAACGACAGAGAUGCAAACCAGCUACAAAGAAACGCACAACUAUGAAAAGGGACAAAACAGCCACAAAGGGACUCAAAAUGACCACAAAGAGACGCAACAAGUACACUUGAACUGACUACAAAGAAACACAAAACAGCCACAAAGA